AUGGCUUCGAAGAAAAUCGAGCAACCUGCAAUUGAAAUAAACAAUGAGGACACAAAUAUACGGGAAUGUUCAUCUCUUCCUCCAUCGCCAAAUUCCAAUACUCAAAAUUUGGGAAUUACAGAACGAACUCUCUCCGCCGCAGGGGCCGCCUUCCUUUCAGUUAUCAUUGCCAACCCCCUCGAUGUUGCCAAGACAAGGUUGCAAGCACAAGCGGCAGGGGUUGCACAUUCUCAUCCACUCAGUAAUAUGACCAGUAGAAUGGCUUGUUUUGGCCCAAAUAUGAUGUUUGCUGAUUUAAGAUGUUCUCCAUCAUGUCACCGGGCUGGAAUCCAGGGCACGGUUUCCAUUUGUCCUCCCGAGUGUUUUCGGUACAAAGGAACACUAGAUGUCAUCCACAAAAUUAUACAUCAGGAGGGAUUUACUAAGCUAUGGACAGGCACAAAUGCUGGCCUGGCUCUUGCAGUACCAACUGUGGGAAUUUACCUUCCUUGCUAUGACAUAUUCCGCAAUUGGUUAGAGGAAUUCACUGCUAAAAAUGCACCAACUACAACUCCUUAUGUUCCAUUAGUAGCUGGUUCAUUUGCUCGGUCUCUAGCUUGUGCAACUUGCUAUCCUAUUGAACUUGCUAGAACUCGUAUGCAGGCAUCUAAACUGACUCAAAUUGGUAAAAAGCCUCCUGGUGUGUUUCAGACUCUGCUAGGUGUUAUCUCGCAUGUCAAAAGCACAAAUAGUCCACGAAACAGUUUGCAAGGUUAUCGUCUUUUGUGGACUGGCAUGGGUGCUCAACUUGCCCGAGAUGUACCCUUCUCUGCCAUUUGUUGGUCGACUCUUGAACCUACUAGAAGAAAACUUCUUAGUUUGGUUAGACAUGAUGAGGCCAACGUGUUUAGUGUUCUUGGGGCAAAUUUCGGAGCUGGUUUUGUUGCAGGAGCUUUAGCAUCUGGAGCUACAUGUCCUUUAGAUGUAGCAAAAACUCGAAGGCAGAUAGAGAAGGAUCCUAUGAAGGCAUUGAAAAUGACUACAAGGCAAACAUUAACGGAGGUGUGGAGAGAUGGAGGCUUCAAAGGAUUGUUUACGGGUUUUGGUCCACGAGUUGGUCGAGUAGGCCCUUCUGUUGGAUUUGUGGUCUCAUUUUAUGAAGUGGUAAAGUUUGUUCUACAUCAUCGGAAAAAAACAUCUUCAUAA